ACACAUAUAGUUUUUCAUGUAUGAGUUCUCUGCAUGUAUACCUGCAAGUCAGAAGAGGGCAUCAUAUCCUUUUAUAGAUGGUCGUAAGCCAUCAUGUGGUUGCUGGGAAUUGAACUCAGGAUCUCUAGAAGACAGGGGCUGGAGAGAUGGCUCAGUGGUUAAGAGCACUGGCUGCUCUUCCAAAGGACCCAGAUUCAAUUCCCAGCAUCUGCGUGGCAGCUCACAACUGUCUAUAGCUCCACCUCUAUGGGAUCCAGCACUCUGAUGAAAUCAUACAUGCCAGCAGAAAAGCAAUGCAUAUUAAAAUAAAAAGAUUUUUAAACUUAAAAAAGAUUGGCUUUGCUAGCAGGGCCGGGAGAGUGCAGAAGAACCUUAACCAAAGGCAACUAUGUUAUCCCAAGGAACAUCUAGAAAGUCUAAGAAACACCCCCUUCCUAGGUAAAUGCCUUUCCAGGAGAGAUAGUCCACCUCAGAUGCCACCUGAAGAUAUGAGGGUAAUAUGACUAUGACAUCUGUCAUCUCACUGGUCCCCAGUGUUGAUUCAGCUGAUCUGGCUGGGAGAUAAAUGUCCUCCUACUGCCUCACCGUCCCUCACGUCCCCUUCCAAAGCUUCAUGCUCCAUUGACGACGACCUUCUCCAGUAGAGAAGGACCAUCCUUCAGGAAAGAGUGUACAAAUAGCUGCAAGCCUCUGCUCGACCCUCCAGACAAGCCCUCGGGGUCAAAUGCUGCCCAGCCCAGCCUAACUGAGAGAGGAACCCCUCCCGUGACUGUGCUAACAGUUCCCGAGGUGCAGGCCAGUGCGUCCUGGUUAAAUGCCAUCUCACUUGAUCUCAUUUCUCCUGAAUGCCCCGAGCCAGGGUCGCUGCCCCUCUUCACUGAUGGGUGACCUAGGUCAGGAACAUGCUGUCUCAUGCAGUGUGCCCAGGGCAUGGGAGAUUGACAAAAAGAAGGUAAGUACCAUCCUGGAAGCUUCUGAUUCUGUCUACCUCAUUAGCCUGAACAGCCUUUCCAGGAAACGUGGGCUGUCUGAUCAUCUAAGAACCCAGAUCCCUUUGGCUCUGUUUUAAGCAAACUUAUUCAGCCUGGUGGGUUUGUCAUCUGAGAGACAGGCUAGGAGAGACCUGGAACCCCAAACCUAUGUUCACUGUGGGUUUGCUGUAUGACCUAGCCAAGUUCCUCAGACUCGCUGAACUUGUUUUUCCAUCUGUCCAAGAAUACUGUAAUAAUGGCUUCGUCAGGUUGCAGGUAGGGCCCGCACGAACCACAUGGGCUGCACAACACCAGAGCUCGGUGAAGGGUAGCUGUGGGUGUGUCACUGUAGUCAUAAGUGUGGGGUGUGUCACUGUAGUCAUAAGUGUUAGAGGUGUCACCUGUGCGGCUCUUGGCCCGUGUUGAUCACAGUGAUCUUCCCUGAAUAUGGAGGUAGCUAUGUAUGUUCUAUUGCAAAAUUAAUUCCUGCCUGUUGUAUAAUAGUCAAACAAAUAUGUUGAAUGAAAUCCUCUGUCACCUUUCCUCCAAGAGGAGAGUUUGGGUGCUGUGUUAUUUCAGCCCGUUUACGGUGCUAAUUUUCAAUGCACUCAAACCUUUCUCGUAGCUUUUCAUUUGAGACCUUGUAACUUCCACUUGGGUUUGUAGGCGUAGAUCCCAGUCCCCAUAUGGCAUAUGACACCUGUAUUAUUCUGAGGUGUAGUGGCUCCCUCUGCCUUUCUAGUUCACUGUCUGGCGUGCUCGAUUGCCUAUUAACUAUCAAUCACCCCGCAGAGCCCUAUUAGCCUGGUGACAAUGGCUGCAGGGCUGGUGUGCAGGUCCCUGUGGCUCCUGCAUCUCUUCUCCUCAUUGGCUUCGCUGUCUGGGACUCUGUAGAACACCUGUGUGUCACUUAGAGGACUGCCUUUGGGCCCUUUCAUACUAGCUUUGACAGUUUGAACAGAAAGGGGCAGAGGACUUGGUGAUAUCUUAGGGUCACCUGGCAACCCAGGGUAGCUCUGAGCAUGGAACUCAAAACGUGCUGUCCCCAGCCCAUCCCACCCCCAUCUGCUUCCAAUUCCUUUCCACAUCCUCCAAGAGGCACUUCUCUGUACCCGCACCUUUCUGUCACUUUUCUGUACCCGCAGCUCUUCUUGAUACUGCGCUGUACCCAAACCCUUGACGUUUUCCUCUCCCGUCUCUUUCCUUCCCCACCUCUGUCCUCCACCUUCUGCUCCGUGUCCCUCCCCAUUCAUUAAAACCCCUGGGUGUCGGGGUGCUGUGAAGCAGGUAAGGUUACAUCUGCCCCGUGGUUUCUGUAUGUUUUGUUGUUUUUUCUUUUUAAAUUGUGAGAAGCCAGGGGCUGGAGAAUGAAGAGAAGUUCCCUGCCAGUGUUUCCUGUGAGCAGUCUCCUGUAUUUGACUGUGAUAUUUUAAGCUUGGUUACCUCCCCCGGCUGCUCUGUUGCCUCUGUAGAUUCAGCUGGCAACUCUUGGCUUCACCGUAGCGUGGCUCGAAAUACACUCUUCUGGGUGAGAGGGUUCGGCUAAAAUAAGCACAGAGAGGCUAUUAAUGGCUGCAGAGUUGGGAAAUCCGGUGGGAUGCCGGCGCCGAGUGCUGCUGCUGUAGACUGGAUGCGGUAUGAAUGCUAACUUGCUGUUUCUGCUCUCCCCUCAUGCCUUCCUGGACUCAGAGAGAGGGAUUUUGCUUAUGUGGCAAGAGACAAAGACACGAGGAUUCUGAAGUGUCAUGUGUUUCGAUGUGACACACCAGCAAAAGCCAUCGCCACAAGUCUCCACGAAAUCUGUUCUAAGAUUAUGGCUGAACGGAAGAAUGCCAAAGCCCUGGCCUGCAGCUCCUUACAGGAAAGGAACAAUGUGAGUCUCGACGUCCCGUUGCAAGUAGAUUUUCCAACACCAAAGACGGAACUGGUGCAGAAGUUCCAUGUGCAGUACCUGGGCAUGUUACCCGUGGACAGACCUGUCGGCAUGGACACCCUGAACAGUGCCAUAGAAAGUCUGAUGACCUCAUCCAGCAAGGAGGAUUGGCCUUUGGUGAACAUGAACGUGGCCGAUGCCACAGUCACCGUCAUCAGCGAGAAGAGCGAAGAGGAAAUCUUGGUGGAGUGUCGAGUGCGGUUUCUGUCCUUCAUGGGUGUCGGGAAGGAUGUGCACACAUUUGCCUUCAUCAUGGACACUGGGAACCAGCGCUUUGAGUGCCACGUGUUCUGGUGUGAGCCGAAUGCCGCCAACGUGUCGGAAGCCGUCCAGGCUGCCUGCAUGUUGCGAUAUCAGAAGUGCUUGGUAGCCAGGCCACCUUCACAGAAAGUCCGACCUCCACCCCCGCCAGCGGACUCAGUGACCAGAAGAGUCACAACUAACGUAAAACGAGGGGUCUUAUCGCUCAUUGACACAUUGAAACAGAAACGUCCCGUCCCAGAAACGCCCUAGCAGCUCUGGGCUCCGGGAUUCUGUCACUUUUACCUGAAGAGCAAACGUCUACACUAAAGAAGCCGACAGCUGGCCUUCCAUUCAGUUGCUGAUGCUUUGUCUCCAGAGAAUUCAUCCUUAACCAAACAGUGUUAAGACAAGCAUGUGACCGCGUCUUGCCACCACCAUGUGCUAUGAAAAGAAGCAUGAGUUGUUUUUGUUUUCUGUUCCCGUAAGUUCCAUCAUGAGCAGUGGAAGGUCUUUUACUGUAAAUAUUGUGAGCAGGACUUCACACACUCUCCGAAGAAUGUGGCCGCACCCUUCCUAGAGAACUAAUGCUGCAUCCUUGGAGCGAAUGAUUCCCAGGUUCAUUUUCUGUCCUCUUGGUUGGAUCUGUCACAAGCAACCUUGGGGUCCCUUGGCACUUUGCCUUGUUUUCAGCUUUUAAAACAUUCAGACCCCGAGGGACAGAUACCAUUGAAUUCCUGUAAAAAGAACAUUUAGGUUUUAGUUUUUCAUAAAAGUGAACCUGUCGGUUGACAAAAACUGGCUGUUGGCAUCAGUGCAGACACUAACCAGCCACUUUCCUCAGCGAGCUCUCUGAUGCAUGGACACCCCUUCAUGUCUUUGGGGUGCUGGGAAAAGGAAAACUUUAAAAUUGAUAGAAAACUAAAUUUGAGGAAUUAAAAAUCAAGCAAGAAAAAUAGCCUUUCUUUUCAGAUGGUUUUCAAACUGGUUAUUUAAAAAGAGAGAGAGAUGAACAGAUUCAUACAUUUGGGAUGGGACAUAUUUCAAACUUCUGCCUUACAUUGUACAGUGCAGCUAGAGAAAUGAAGUAUGCUAUGGCCAUUCUCCACCCACACCCGAAAGUUAAAUAUUCCUACACUUUCCAUCCUUAGUUUGACGAGCUAAUAUGCAAUUUAGAGUUGAGGAAAUGUCAUUUUUAUCUCUGUCACACACUAUGAUUUUAGCUCUCACUGUGUGAUUCUUGUUAGUUCACAUCCUGGAGGUAAUGUCCUCCUAGGGUUCCCUAUCUGCCACAAGCUUUCGCUAUGCUUUUUGUUCAGAGAACUGUCUAGCCAUCAUACAGUGUCCAUGGCAACAAAUUUAAGUUGUACUUUCCUUGAACUUAUGUAUUUAAUGUUAGAAAUUUGGUAAGACUUGACUAGAUAUGUUUUAAAACUUCUAUUUUUCCAUUUUACUUUCAAAAGAUUUAAUUUUUUUCUUAUCUGAGCACAAUAUACACAGGAAUAAUGGAUUGUUUGAUAGCGUUCCCCAAAUAUCAUUUUCUUGCCUCUUUUUAUGUAGCUAAGAAACCUAACUAUAAAGAUACACAAAUUUAGACUCUUGUUGACAUUAUUUUAAAAGGAGGUUGCAAAGAUCAAUCUUAUAUUACUCUUGUUUACUUUUAAUGACAAAAUUAAUAUCGUUAUAAAAGUAAUGCUUUGUGUUUAUGCGCUGCUCUGCAGACGUCCACAGUUUUAUCACAGUCGAGCCUUACAAGGUAGAAAAGGUACCAAACUCAUUGAAGAAAUCAAAUACGCAGGGUUUUGUACCAAGAGGCUUAGUGGCCAAGGAUCUCACCCAAGUUCCUGAGAGCCAGAACCAGGACCACGUCUCCCAGCUUUUGCCACCUUAUGCCUCUUCCACACAGUCAUGAAGACCCUUCACAGGUGACUCUAGGUCCAUACACAGAACAGAUAAUGAAAAUACUAUCAGGCAAUUUCAGAACCCCCAAGUGUGUUAAGGAAAACGUCCAGUUAAUCUACACAGUGGCAUUUAUUGUUAAGACCAUUGUCCUUUCUCGGUCCAGGACUGUGUUCCUCAAACAUGUUGUAAAGGACACAUGUCUGUCCUCAGCAGCCUUCCUAAGCUGAGAUUUUCUAGAUAUUACAUCACUUGUGUAGAAACCUUCCCGACUGUGGCACUUUAGCAGCCACAGACUGCUGCGUUGAAGUGAGCAUGUUCCACCUGUGGGUCCCUCAGAAACCCAUGGCAUCAGAUGCAGAGAACCUGGACUGUUCUCUGGCGUCCACACACUACAAUAAAAGUGAUGUUCCUUGAGAAAAAAAAAAUGCACUAAUACUUGGUGCCAACUUGCAUACUAGCUGAAGUAACUAGUGCCAUCUGAGAGAUUUCUGAGUUAAGAAAACCUUAUUGUGCGCAGAGAUAAACUGUCCAGAAUCCAGUUAUGGUCUCUCAUUUUGAGCUCCAUGGUGAAAUGUUUUAGUGCGCUCCACUUCAAACUCUAAAGUAAUCCCUGUUUCUAUAGGACGUCUCCAUCCAAACCCUGUUCGUCUUUAAGACCUACAUUUGUUUGUUUUCAGGAUCAAGAAUACUGAGCUAGCUUUAAGUAGCAAACUGAUUUAUAUAUGCAAUUUUAGGACUCAGUAAGAGGAAUGAUAGCCUUUACACAGGGAAAAAAAAAACUCUUACUGCGGCUGUUUUGUUUUGAAAAUAGCUUUGCCUACUAAAUGCAGGUUGAUUUUUGUAAAAUGAAUUAUGUUAAACAGUGUAUUCAGACAACUUUCUGCCAUGGCCAAAAAGUAUGUAUGAAAGUAUGUUCGCAUUUGUUAGUGAAAGGAUGCCAGUGUUUUACCUGAGAUCUUAGUGACUUUGGUUAUCUAUGCAUUCUUUAGAUCCGGGAUUCGGGAACAGGCAGCCGUGUUCACUAAGCCUUGUGUGUCUUAGCAUUUUUUUAAUUAACUUGUUAAAUACAGCUUAAAAUAUUUUUAUUUUAUUUAUUCUAUUUUUACUGAACUAUGGCGCAUUAUUGUGUUAAUGUAUUCUCUUUCCCGGGUGUAACGUCAGUUACCUGGGUCUAAUUAAUCUCAGUGAACUACAUCACCUACAAGGUGGUUUUGUAGUGAUUUGUAGUCACGUUUUUAUUGGAAUAUGUAGAAGCAAGGGCAGAAUGCUUAAAGUUCCUUUUAUUUUUUAAAAGCAACUAGGUAGGAGUGCUCUGCCCACCUUCCCUGUGCUCCGGGGCAGCAUCACCGUGGUAGCCAACAUGCCUAUGGCUAAGACCAUGUCUUCGUAGAUAGACUAAGGCACUGUGCGGUGCUUUGUUUUUAUAUCCUUCACAACUUGCGUGACGUCAUCAAAGAGCUACACAUCCAUCCAUGUGCCCUUCGUUCCCACCUGGAUUCAGGAUCACCCAUGGCUAAUUGGAACCAUUGUUUCAUUUGUUUGUCUGUCUGUCUCACCGCAUGGACACUAGACCCAUUUCCAUUAAAACAAAUUCUUGGUGAUGUAACUGUUGGCACUACUAUUUUUUUUUAAUACACAUUAGACAUUUAAGAAGGACACAGAACAAACCACUCAGAACAGGACCACUUACGUGUAGCCCCAAAGUUUCCCUUACUCUAGGGCACACUCCCUGUAUGAGCAUUGCAACGCAAGAUUUCACAAACCAUGUGGGGAAAUGUCUCCCUAACAUUAGCACAAUUUAAUCAAGCCAAAAGCUCUCAAGUUGGCCGGGUUUAACCUAACCUCCUCACAUCCGACAUGCUCACAGCCAGUAAGAAAGCAAUUGAACUUGUUUCGGCAUACUGGGGGUGUGGCUCAGUGGUAGAGCGCUUGCCUAAGAUGUGCCCGGCUCUGAGUUUUAAGCCUUGGAACCAUGAAGGGGGGGGGGGGGUUGCACUUCAAGGCAAAGAUCUUUGCUUGCACCAGCUGUGAGAGCAUUGCCAGGCAGCCGCAUCAGCUGCUUCCUCCUAAAAGGACGUCUUGUUUUCUUUUUGAUGCCUUUUUCUGUUGACCACGUUUGCACAUUUAAAUGUAAGAUGUUGUGAGAAUAAAUGUAGCUGCGUACGAGGUUUGACUCGUUUCUCUGCCAGCACGGCCACUUAUAUAAGAAACAGAUGCAAACCUAGUGUCUCUACAGUCGUUAUUUUAUUUUUGUAUUAUUCUUACUUCAAAUUAAACUUUUUAAAAAUCA